AUGCCUUUGUAUGUUCGAUCUGGUAUAUCGAAUGUACCAAAUUUUUCAGACGCAAUGUCUGCUUUGUCCCAUGUGCGAAGUUUCACGUGUCGCAUUGAUUGGAGUGACAGUUCUGAGAAAUAUCAAAAAACCAUACAGUUAUUACAGAGAUUAAAAUCAGUUUGUAAAAAAAUCACACAUAUGAAAGUUUACAUACACGAGAAAGCCGACCCAGGCGUUCUGGAUGCAAUUGUCCAGAUCAUUAAAAUACAAAAAGGUAUCAAAGAAGUUUCUUUUAAGAAUAAUAUGAUUUUGAAAGGAAAUCUUUAUCAAUUUAGGCCACUUUUGGUCCCAGUCAUGGAAUCACAGGCAAAUUGUGUAACUUCGUUGGCAUUUCGAUCGGUUAAAUUUAAUGAUGUUUCAAUUGUUGCAUUGGCUGGCUUCUAUUCGUUGGAGUCUCUAUGUCUACAGAAAUGUCGAAAUAUGACGAAAGAGCAUAGUGCUAUACUGUCUGCAGCAUCAUUCCGUCUAAAGUUUUUAUCUCUGUUGAGAAAUUCUUGGUCGAAUUCUAUUACUGCUGCACUUAUUGCUAAGGCAGGUGUUACUUUACAACAAAUGGUACUGGACAAUGUUUGCACAGAAACUACUCAAGCAGCAUUAAACCACUGUCCAAACCUUAAUAUUUUAUAUAUAGAAGUAUCAGUUUACAAUUAUAGCCUAAUUACAUGGAUUGGUUCAACAAAUAUUCAACAACUUGAAGUAUCAUUCGGUGGAAUAUUCCGCUUAUCCACUGAGGAUACAACUAGAUCAUUGCAAUUAUUAGGAGAAUACCUUCCUACUUCGGUGAAUUAUCUAAAAUUGGAUGGUCUAUACAUUUCUAAUGAGGCAUUUAAUGAUUUUAUUAAUAGUUGCAAAGCUCUGUUAUCAACAUUAAUUAUUUCAAUUGAUUGUUAUCACGAUUUCGAAGAGUGUGUACUCACUGUCCUCGAAUUUGCUUCUAAACAUAAAACUUUGAAAAAAUAUGGAAAUUAUGAUAACAAUAGGUAUGUACAUAAUGUGUCUAUUAAAGAAUUGGAAAAACACGGGAUCAAGAUAUUGAAUACAUAUGAUAUUAAGAGUCUUUCAUCGAAAGCAUUUUAA